AUGCUUGGGCAUGCAAACGCUAGAACAAUUAGACAUUCUCUCAAGAAUAGUUCGAUCACAUACUUGAGAGAAUCGGAUGUAGACUGGUCUGAUUCUACUACUUAUCAAUGUCCAGACUGUUUAGUUGGCAAAAGCACUAAACAUAGACAUGUCAAAGGAUCACGACUAAAGUACCAAGAAUCUUAUCAACCCUUUCAGUACUUACAUACCGAUAUAUUUGGCCCUGUUCACCAUCUGCCAAAGAGUGCACCUUCCUAUUUUAUCUCAUUUACUGAUGAGAAGACUAGAUUCAAAUGGGUUUAUCCAUUACUCGAUCGUCGUGAGCAAUCUAUUUUAGACGUAUUUACAAAAAUAAUAGCCUUCAUUGGCAAUCAAUUCAAUGCCAACGUUUUAGUCGUACAAAUGGACAGAGGACCCGAGUACACUAACAAGACCCUCCGUAAUUUCUUUAUGGAACGCGGUAUAACUCCAUGCUAUACAACAACAGCAGAUUCCAGAGCACAUGGUAUUGCUGAACGAUCAAACCGUACCUUAUUAGACGACCGUCGCACACAUCUACGGUGCAGCGGUUUAUUAAAUCGUCUAUGGUUUUCAGCAGUCGAAUUCUCCACCAUUAUCAGAAAUUCUUUAAUUUCGCCAAAAAACAAGAAUUACCCACGACAACAUGCUGGUUUAGCAGGACUUGAUAUCAGUACUCUAUUACCAUUCGGUCAAACUGUUGUAGUCAACAAUCACAGUCCCGGUUCAAAAAUUUGCCCUCGUGGUAUUCCUGGUUGCGCCUUACAUCCAUUACGAAACUCAUAUGGUUAUAUUAUCUAUGUUCCAUCUUUGAAGAAAACAAUAGACACUACUGAUUACGUUAUUUGGCAUGAUGAACAAUCCAGAUUGGACCAAUGCAAUUAUGAUGCACUUACCUUUGAUGCUGAUAUCAAUCGCUUAACCGCUCCUUAUCUAUUAAGCUUCGUCAAUCUUUGA